UAGAGCGCCACCGUGUGGUGAGGUGAAGAACAGCGGAACUGCGCACACGAGCGUUUGUUUCCGGACGGAAGAGUUUCCCAUCGGACCGCCGGCGCGAAAAUACAGAUGAAUAUCAACAAAAAUAAAGAACAAAACUAUUAAAAUAUUAAGUUUACUGCCGCAAAAUGAAGUUUCGAGCUAAAAUCAUCGAUGUUGGAUGUUUGAACCACUUCACACGUGUGGUGAACACAGUGUCCAAGCUGACCAAGGCGUGUGUGUUGAGACUCACCUGUGAUCACCUGUACUUCGUGCUGUCGGGGAAAGUCGCCACCGGAGGGGUCAGUAUGUGGUGUGAACUCUCUCAGGUGAAUUUCUUCGAUGAGUUCCAGCUGGAGGGAGUGUCGGCCGAUGCCAACGAGAUCUUCCUGGAAGUGGCUCCCGAGAAUCUCUCCAGGGCGCUAAAAACGGCACAGAACGCCAAAUCUGUCAAAAUCAAACUGACCAAGAAGAACUGCCCGUGUCUGACGCUGGCCGCAGAGCUGCCGUCUCUGUCCAGCGUCAGUCGUGUGGUCACUCAUGAUAUCCCAGUGGACGUGAUUCCCAGACGACUCUGGCAUGAUUUCAGGGAGCCGCAGAUGCCGGACUUUGAUGUCAGCAUAUAUCUGCCUCCUCUGAAGACCAUGAAGAGCGUCGUGGACCGCAUGAAGAAUCUCUCCAACUAUCUGGUGAUUGAGGCCAAUCUGAACGGUGAAAUGAAUCUGAAGAUUGAGACAGACCUGGUUUCUGUCACGACACACUUCAAAGAGCUGGGCAACCCGCCCUGGGGUGACGACGGCUCUCCGAGCGCCAGCGCGAGUCACAGAGACACGGAGCUCAUGGCUCAGACACGCGUGGACAUCAGGAAACUGCAGCAGUUCCUGACGGGACAGCAGGUCAACCCCAGCAGAGCCAUGUGCAACAUUGUUCACAAAAGGAUUCUUCACCUGAUUUUUCUGCAUGAGGAUGUUUCUCUUCAGUACUUCAUUCCAGCUGUCAUGUGAUUUCUUCUGAACCACAGUAAUGAGGAAUAUCUACACUUAUUCAUCUGUUCAAAAGUGUUCAAAGGGUCAGCUGUUGGGCUCUUGUUAGUAAAAAUAACACUUUGUGUUUGGAGUUUCCUAUGUAAAUGUGUGUAUAUAUGAAUAAAAUGAUUGUUUGAUAACAGUG